GUAAUGAAUAGAACGUGAAUGGAAUGUGGAGAUAUAAUGUGACCGGCGCGCCUUAAAUCUAUCACUAAAUAAUUGGGUAGCUGGGUUGGAAGCAUGUAUAAGAAAGAGAAAAGAAAACGUCUGAUUUGAAAAUAGCUUAGCUAGUACUUCAUUAAUGUAUGUAUGUAUGUAUGUAAAGAAAUUAAAGGGAAAAAGAAGUGAAGGGUAUAGUAGGUAGCUAGCAGCCAAAAAUAAAAGGUAGCAGCAGAGCGGACAUACAGAGUUUCACGCACUAUAAAUAGACACCAGCCCACCUUAUGUGUGUAAGUGUAUAUAUGAAUGAAUUGUGUGUCCUAAAUUAAUUAAUAAACUAAUUGUAGCGCCGCAGCUUAUUAAUCAGUAAUUAGGGUGUGGGUGUGUGUGUAUAUAUAGACUACACAAAGUAUGUACGUAGUGAUGGAGUGGUAGCUCGAUCUAGCUAGCUUUAAGCUUUUAUUAUAUAUAGAUAUAUAAUUAGGUAGCUAGUACGUACUAAUUAUAUAUCGAUCGUGGAAUAGAAUGGAGUGGAGAUUGCAGGAAGCGUUGGUGAGAUGGAAGCCAUACCUGGCUCUGGUGUUCAUUCAGUUUGGGCUGGCGGGGAUGGAUGUCAUCUCCAAAGUGGCCCUCAACCAAGGCAUGAGCAACUACGUCUUUGUUGUCUACCGCCACGCUGUUGCCACCAUCGUCAUAGCUCCCUUUGCACUCAUUCUCGACAAAAAACACAGGCCCAAAAUGACGCUUCCCAUUUUCGCCAAGCUUCUACUUCUUAGCCUUCUUGAGCCUGUGAUCGACCAGAAUCUGUACUUCAUAGGCAUGAAAUAUACAACAGCAACUUUUGCGGCUUCUAUGGCCAACAUCCUGCCCGCCUUGACUUUCUUGAUUGCAUUGCUAUUCAGGCUAGAGAAGGUGAGAUUGAAGAGUAUCCGAAGCCAAGCGAAGAUAAUUGGAACGGUGGCAACGGUAGGUGGGGCCAUGAUGAUGACACUGCUCAAAGGCCCAAUGCUUGAGCUGUUUUGGACCAGGUCAACCGCUCACGGCCAUCCCGCAACUGGGGCCAUUGAUCUCGCCCACUCUAUCAAAGGAGCUCUCAUGAUCACCUUUGGAUGCUUGAGCUGGGCCUUCUUCGUCAUCCUACAAGCAGUGACAUUAAAAACAUAUCCCACAGAGCUUUCACUCACUGCAUGGAUAUGCCUUCUGGGAACUGGUGAGGCAGCCAUUUUGGCACUAGUCAUGGAGAGGGGCAAUCCUGCUGUUUGGUCCAUCAACUGGGAUACCAAAUUUCUUGCUGCCCUUUACAGUGGAGUAUUCUGUUCUGGGCUGGCUUAUUACAUCCAAGGAGUCGUCAUGAAAGACAGAGGGCCCGUUUUUGUAACUGCCUUCAAUCCAUUAAGUAUGGUCAUUGUUGCCGUAAUCAGCUCCAUCAUUUUACGAGAGCAGAUGUACCUCGGAAGGGUUGUGGGUGCCGCUGUCAUUGUUAUAGGGCUUUAUAUGGUCCUGUGGGGGAAGUGCAAGGAUCAGAACUCAGCUGCAUCUCAUGUUGAAGCAGCAAAAUCUCUACCAACCCUACAAAUGAAAACAAGUGAUGCAGCUGCAAACAGUAGUAGUGACAAGGAAAAUCUUCCUCUUGAUCAAAUCCUCACCAUCUAUCCCUCUUCACAACAUACCCACAAAACUCUAGGAUAGAAUCAGACUUAAGUUGUCAUCUUCACAUGAGUAAACCAAUGUUCUCUUUAAUUGUAGGAGAAGCUUCAAACAAUUUUAAGGAAUUUUGACAUCUAAUCUCGCACUUUCACUUCAAAUAAAUUGUGGGUUUUCUCACAGCUGGUUCAAAUUUU